AGGCCCUCCCCUUUAUGCGCGCGCGCUGCUUUCCUGGCAGCUCAGCCGAGUUCGGUUCUAAUGAUACCAAAAUGAUCCAUUGAUCCGAUCACAACCGAUCUCAGAUCAGCCGGUGCGAGAGUGUGGUGGCUCCUCCAUAGAUCCUUCCUUCCCUGCCUUUCUACCUCCGACCCGGGGAGGCGACGCCGCUACAAGAACGCCGUUCGCCGCUAAGAUGAGACGGAUAACGGCGAAAGCGAAAGAAGAAACUUUGAUCGAGCUGCAGAGCGCCUCAGAUUCUCAGUUUACAGAAGGUCCUGCUGUGUUGACUGCAUUCAGGAUUAACAUAAACUCAGAUGAAAGCAGAAGAAAUGGAGUCGGUUCAUUGUUAUCAGAGACGGCUUCGCUGGCUGAACAAACCGAAACAGACAAGCUGCAGCCAAACAGAGACACGGUGUUCUUCAGGGACGGAGUACGCAGAAUAGACUUUGUCUUGUCCUACAUAGACGACAAAGAUGAGAGAAAACAGGAGAGGAGGAGGGAGUUUGAGGCCAACCUUGAGAAAGAAGGUCUGGAGCUGGAGACAGAGGACAAAUCUGACUCCAAAGACCAUAAGACUUAUUUCCUGAAGAUCCACGCUCCGUGGAAUGUCCUCGCCAAAUACGCCGAUAUCUUGAAGAUUAAAGUUCCUUUCAAAGAGAGCGACUUUCCUCACGGUAGGGAGGUGCCGCUCGAGUUCCUCUCGUGCCCGUUCCGUCUGCCAGACAGCAUAAUUCACCCACAGCCGGAUUAUUUCACCUCACCCUUCGACAAGAACAAGGUCGAAUUCUUCCUCAUCAGCGACAAAAGCACUUUCUUCCCACCGUCCACGAGGAACAGAAUCGUGUACUACAUCCUGGCUCAUUGUCCGUACUACAGCGAAGGUCGGAAAGACAGGGAGAAGACGGGAAUUAAACGAUUACUCAGCAACGGCACCUACACAGCGGCCUUCCCUCUCCAUGAUGGUCGAUACUGGAAAAAAGCCAGAAACUCGGAGCCUGAGAGCGAGCGCUACAACCUGUACAAGCACUGGGCGAGGUUCCUCUGCUUCUACAAGGAGCAACCUCUGAACCUCAUCAGGAAGUACUACGGAGAAAAGAUCGGCAUCUACUUUGCCUGGCUGGGUUUCUACACCGAGAUGCUUUUCUUCGCAGCCAUCAUAGGUCUCAUAUGCUUCACUUACGGAGUUCUCAGCUAUGACGACAACGUGUCCAGUAAAGAAAUAUGUGACGCUGAGGUUGGAGGCAGCAUAUUGAUGUGCCCUCUUUGUGACAAGAAGUGUCCUUUCUGGAAGCUCAACUCCACGUGCCUCUCAUCAUGGCAAUCCCAUCUGUUUGAUAAUGAGGGAACGGUGUUCUUCGCCAUAUUUAUGGGGAUUUGGGUGACUUUGUUUCUGGAGUUCUGGAAGCGGCGUCAGGCCCGACUGGAGUACGAAUGGGAUUUGGUGGACUUUGAGGAGGAGCAGCAACAGCUUCAGAUCCGCCCAGAGUUUGAGAUCAAGUGCACCAACAGAAGGUUAAACAAGAUCACUCAGGAAAUGGAGCCGUAUCUAACCAUCCACAGCAGAUGUGCUCGCUACUCCCUCUCUGCAGCCACCGUUCUGUUCUGGAUUUCCCUGAUCGUGGCGUGUAUCAUCGGAGUCAUAGCGUACAGGUUGGCCGUGUAUGCAGCCUUUGCCAGUAUCAUCAAAGACCCGAUGCGAAGGAUCCAGCUGGUGGGCCGGUUCAUCACCCCGCAGCUUGCGACCUCUGUCACGGCGUCCUGUAUCAACUUUGUCAUCAUCAUGAUCCUCAACUUCUUCUAUGAGAGGGUGGCUAUCUGGAUCACUGAUUUGGAAAUCCCUAAAACCCACCUGGAGUAUGAGAACAGGUUGACCAUGAAGAUGUUUCUGUUCCAGUUCGUCAACUACUACUCCUCCUGCUUCUACGUGGCCUUCUUCAAAGGCAAGUUUGUGGGAUACCCAGGGGACUACUCGUACAUGUUCGGCAAGUGGAGCAAACUCAGAAACGAAGAGUGUGACCCUGGCGGUUGUCUGAUAGAGCUGACCACACAGCUGGUGAUCGUCAUGGCUGGGAAACAGCUCUGGGGAAACAUCCAGGAGGCUUUGCUGCCGUUGCUGCGUACCUGGUGGAACAGCAGGAGGGGACGUCACAACCCUGAGAACCAGUACAGCCGCUGGGAGCAGGAUUACAUUCUGCUGAACUUCACCCAGCUGGGUCUGUUCUACGAGUACCUGGAGAUGGUGAUCCAGUUUGGCUUCAUCACUCUGUUCGUGGCCUCCUUUCCCCUGGCCCCCCUCCUGGCUCUUUGCAACAACAUCCUGGAGAUCCGGGUGGAUGCUUGGAAGUUCACCACCCAGUUCAGACGACCGGUGGCAUCCAAGGCCAGAAACAUCGGAGCGUGGAAAGAGAUCCUCAACGCCGUGGCCAUUUUGUCUGUUGUCACCAAUGCUUUUAUCAUGGCGUUUACCUCGGACAUGAUCCCCCGCAUGGUUUACCUUUAUGCCAUCAGUCGAGACAAAAGCAUGAAGGGCUACAUCAGCAACAGUCUGUCAGUGUACAAUAUCUCACAGAUCCCUAAAACAAACAUGCCCGAGGAAAACUGGUACGAUAACUCCACCGUUACGUGCAGAUACCGGGACUACCGUUACCCACCAGGACACAUGAGAGAGUACGAUCACACCAUGCAGUUCUGGCACAUCCUUGCAGCCAAAAUGGCCUUUAUUAUAAUCAUGGAGCACGUGGUCUUUGUGGUGAAGUUCUUUGUUGCGUGGUUGAUCCCAGAUGUCCCGUCAGACGUGAAGGCACGGAUUAAACGGGAACGUUUCCUGAUCCAGGAGUACCUGCACAACUACGAGGUGGAGAGGCUCAAACUCCAGCUCAGUGCCAGUUUCAUCACCGAGCCACACUCAGAGACGACCUUGACCCCAGAUAUGACCUUGACCUCGGACAAACUCGAAGUUCUGUCCGAGUGUUAGCUGCCACUCUCCUAAUGCUCGACUCUGAGAGAAGAACUCUCUGGAAGUCCUUUUUGUUUUCCUGCAAAGGCUUCUGGGUCCAAAGUAAUGUUAGCAUUCCCUUUAAUGCAAGCAGAAGCAGUUGGAAUGUAAAUUAACAUGUAAUAAGAUCAACUCUAAUCCUAAUUUCUCCACAGAGACAUAAAGGACAAGGUUUACACCCGCCAAACGUAUCCUGACUAUGAAACUGUGAUGAGAAACUUUAGAAAAGAUAAAACACUUAAACUGAGAGCUGAAACACAACGGUCAGGUUUAUGUCCUCAGACGGCUUCACUACGUUUUUAUUUCAUGGGUUGUUGUGUGUGUGGUUCUGUUCCCUGGAGUGUUUUUUUCUCAGAAAAACGUGCUGAAAACAGUGCAUCUGAUAACCGAGUACCUCCUUUGCUCUGCGGCGAUACCGAAACAACCGGACGUGUUUUUGUUGCAGUCAGCAGCUUCGUCAUGCUUUAGCUGCCUGGUGUGGGAGCAGUUUUUUAAGAUUUCGAUUAAAAACAGAAGAAUAUCUGAGACAAACGUCGGCAGAUCUGCGCAAACCCUUUAAACAGCUGCUUUACUGCUGUUGUAUUCUGCAUACAAUAAUCUCAGAUUAUCUGUGUUUCUGUAUUCUGUUGAGAUUGUGACUUUCCAGAUGAGAACCUUGUGCGCUCUCAUUGAGAUACACACAACAUUUAGAGGUCAAGUACAUGCAGCUCAUUCCCAAGUCUUUCUGUAUAGAAAUACCUUUGUUUCUGAUUUUGAGCCUAAAUCAUGAUGUAAACACUUUUCAAACAGCAUAUGAGAUGAUUGAAGCUGCUACACGUCCACUUUCUAACAUUUCCAGGAUCAUUUCUUUGUCAGAGAAGGUUUACGCUGACCUCCGUGUGAGCGUAGUUCUCAGAAGGACAUCUUUUACCGUUCAGGUCGUGUUCAGACGUGUUCCGAGGAUUCAGAUGUGACCCAGCAUGCAGCACGAAGGUCUCCUGAACAAUCCAACUGCCUUAAACGUCUGUUAACUGGUUUCAGAGUGAGGCGUUUCCUGUCGGACUUUAAAUCGUGUUUGAUUAUUCGUCGCUGAUGUUUAUUUGUAAUGUGCCCUUUAUUUUUCUGUGCAUGAGUUGAUAUCAUGUAAAUAUUUAGUUAUGUUCUGGAUUCAUGAAACCGUAGCUUAGAGUUGUUAUAUGUUCAAAAUGAAAGAAUAAAAAUAUUUAUUUGAA